UGGGCAGCAGCCGGUGCUCAGUGCCCGUGGUGCGACUCGCUUCCGGUCACACUGGCCUCGGGGGAUUAGGAGGAUCGGGCAGAUUACAGACCAGCAGAGCGGUCAUCUGUGGACGACUCUCUGCUGCUCACAACUCAGAGGGGGACCCGGGAGCAAGGUGGAGGUUGUGAAGAGAGAAGCAGUUGCCGGGGCGACCAUGCGCCAGGCCGUGGAGGCGCAGGUGCUGUCCCCUCAUUGUGAGCUGGGGGAGCAGGGCCUAAAGCAGGUCCUCACUGAUGUGCUGGAGGAGGUGAGGCGCUCUCUGCACCAGGACAUAGAUGGGGCUCAUAUGAUCCACAGUCUGCUCAACGCUCCCUGGCUACAGUCCCUGCUCAAGGUAUAUGAAUGUCUGCAGAGGUACACCAAAACGUCCCCAGCUCCUGCUCUGGACUCUGCCUCUGGAUUGUCCCUUCAGGUGUUGAUAGAGAUCCGAGCGCUGCAGGAUUGUUCAGAAGAUGCUAAAGAACUGUAUCGACUUAUGAGGCAACCACAUUUACAGGCUGUCCUCUCAGCUCAUGACUCAGUAGCGCAGAAGGAUUAUGAGCCUGUGCUGCCUGCUUUGCCGGAGGAGCUGCCUGAUGACGAGGAGGCCUCCCGGAUAGUGUGUCUGGUCAAGAACAAACAGCCCCUGGGUGCAACGAUAAAGAGGAAUGAACUGACCGGGGAGAUUUUCGUUGCCCGAGUGAUUCACGGAGGCCUGGCUGAUCGCAGUGGUCUGUUACAUGCAGGGGACAGGAUCAUGGAGGUCAAUGGCUUUGUGGUCGAUGGGAUGGAGCCAGAGCAAGUCAUCCAAGUGGUGCAGGCUUGCUCUCAAGGCACCAUCAUGUUCAAAGUUGUACCCAUCACCGAGCGAUCAGUGCACAGCCAAACCAUGAUGUACGUGAGGGCUAUGGCGGACUACAACCCCCAGCUGGACCCUGCCAUACCGUGUCCCGACGCUGGGGUGAGCUUCACAAAAGGGGACGUCUUGGAGAUAGUGGACCAGACGGACGCGCUGUGGUGGCAGGCCAAGAGGCUUCCCUGCUCCAGCUCCUGUGCCGGCCUGGUGCCCUCCAUGGCUCUGCUCAAACGGAAGCAGAGGGAGUUCUGGUGGUCUCAGCCUUAUCAGCCGCACGCCUGCAUCCACACAUUGAGCACUGUUGAGGAGGAGGAGGACCUGAUGGCGAUUGAUGACAAAUGUGUGGAAGCAGAUGAGGAGACGUUUGAGUCCGAAGAGCUGAGGCAGGAGGAGGACGACUUCAGUACCAGCAAAGACCAGAUGUACCUGUCUGGCUUCAGACGGAGUUUGCGUCUCUGUCGGCGGCGUUUCCACAGCUCCGUGCAGCCGUCCUGUCAGGCUCAGUGUCUCAGCAGCUAUUGUUACAGCGCCCUCUGCAGUCCCUAUGAAGAGGUGGUGCGGUACCAGCGCAACCCUCAGGACUCUCUGCGGCUGGUGACACUGUUGGGUACGUCUGGUGUGGGGGUGAAUGAACUGCGGCGGCGCUUGAUAGACAUGAACCCACAACUUUUCCAUGGAGCCAUUCCUCAUACCAGUCGGCCGCCUCGAGAUUAUGAGGAGCCAGGCAGAGAGUAUCACUUUGUCAGUCGGGACGUCUUUGAGAAUAUGAUCCAUAGUAACAAGUUUCUGGAGUACGGGGAGUUUAAAGGGAACUAUUAUGGCACCAGUAGUGAGUCGGUGACGGAGGUUUUAAACAGUGGUAAGAUCUGCGUCAUUGACAUCGAGCCCAGUGCUCUACAAGCAGUGCGGACCCCCGAGCUGAGGGCCUAUGUGGUCUACAUCAAACCCCCGUCUGCAGAGCAGCUAAGACAGACCAGACACAGCUCGCAGAUCCUCACCAACUAUUACGCCACACGCCCGUUCAAGGAGGAGGACUUCACAGAGCUGGAAGACUCUGCGCGGAAGCUAGAGUUACAUUUCUCUCAGUUUUUUGAUCAUGUGAUCAUCAACGAGGACCUUCAGGAGUCCUGUGCCCAGCUGUUGUCUGCUGCCACUCGGGCACAGGAGCAGCCGCAGUGGGUCCCCACCUGCUGGAUACGCCCACCGCCAUAAAACACUGUUAU